AUGGAGAGGACCAGAAACGAACUCAAGCAAGAAGGUGGGAUUCUGAAUAACCAGGGAACCAUGAAAGCUAAAGAUCCAAAGCAAAGGAUCAAAGUAUUCCAAGCAUUUAUGACACCCAGUCCAAAGGUACAGAAGUCAACAGUUUAUAUUCCAAAGCCAGAAUACAGAAUAGAGGAGGACAUUGGUGAACUCUUGAUUCCCAUCAGGCGGUCUGGAGAUGUAAGCCAAGAACUCAUGGUACUCUGCUCUACACACCAAGGAACUGCCUCUGGCACAAUUCCUUCCACUGUUUUAUCUUACUCUGACUAUAUCUCCCGACCUGAAGACCACACCAGCAUCCUCCGUUUUGAUAAGGAUGAAACUGAGAAAAGAUGCCGAGUGAUUAUCAUUGAUGACUCCCUCUAUGAAGAAGAGACCUUCAAUGUGACUUUGAGCAUGGCAAUGGGUGGGCAAGUUGCUGUCAGAUAUCCCAGCACCAAAGUCGUUAUCCUGGAAGAUGCUGAUGAUGAACCUGCUCUGUAUUUUGAGGAUGCCGAAUAUCAUGUUGAUGAAAGUGCUGGUUAUGUAGAAGUUUGUGUACGGAGGAAGGGUACUGACCUUUCCAAACCAGCCGUGAUCACCAUCCAGUCAAGAAAGACGGAGCCAGUGUCAGCGGAAGCUGGCAUGGAUUAUGUUGGGGUGAGCCAAAACCUCUACUUUGCUCCUGGAGAGAACAUGAAGACUUUCCGUGUGACCAUUGUGGAUGACCUGGGACAACCUGUCUUGGAGGGUCCAGAGAAAUUUGAAUUGGUUCUUUGCAUGCCCGUGGGCUCAGCGCUGGGGAAGCCUAAUACGACUACAGUUAUCAUCAAUGACUCCUUCACAGACUUGCCUAAGGUCCAAUUCAAGAAGCCCUCCUGCACAGGAAAUGAAAGAGAUGGACUGGUCAGGGUCAUCAUCCACCGUGACGGAGACAUCAGCCUCAGCUCUACCGUUCGCUGCUACACUCGCCAAGGCUCUGCCCAGGUGGCUGCAGAUUAUAAGGAAAGGCCCAACACGGAUGACUCCACUGUCAUUUUCCUUCCAGGAGAGAGAGAGAAGGCCUGUGUGGUGAUCUUAGAGGAUGAUUCCAUUUAUGAAGAAGAUGAAGAGUUUAGGCUUCUACUUGGCACCCCAAAAAGCAGUUCUGCCUUUGGUGCUUCAGUUGGAGAGCAAAAAGAAAUUCUGAUCAGGAUCAAGGAUGAGGAAGACAAACCAGUGAUCAAGUUUUCCAAAACCAGGUACAGUAUCCAGGAGCCUCAGCAUCCCAGAGAGACUGCUGUGCUCAGAAUCUCUGUGGUGCGCCUGGGGGACACUUCUAAAGUGUCUGUGGUGGGCACCCACACAAAAGACGGCUCAGCCAGCUCUGGGGAAGACUACAAUCCCAUGUCAAAAGAUGUCGAGUUCAAGAAAGGAGAAACUGAACACUUUGUAGAAAUUGAAGUCUUAUAUGAUGGCAUAAGGGAAAUAAGAGAAACAUUGACAGUUCAUCUGAAACCAGAUGAAAACAUGGUGGCGGAGACACAGAUGAAUAAAGCCAUCAUAUACAUUGAAGAAACAGACAGUGUUGCAGAUGUCACCUUUCCUGCCAUUCCCCAAGUGAUGUCACUCUUCGCGUAUGGUGACACAUAUGCAACCCAAGAGAAAGCCAGCCCCCCAACUGGCUAUCCUGUUGUGUGUGUGACGGCGUGUAAUUCUAAAUAUUCAGAUUAUGACAAGACAGAGUCCAUUUGCACAGAGGAAAACAUUAAUGACACCCUGACUCUGUACCGAUGGCUGGUUGGUGCCCCAGCCAGUAGUAAUGGAGUCACCAGUCCCAUGCAAGAAAUAGAUGCCAACACUUUCUUCACCGACACUAAAUCUAUCACCCUUGACUCCAUCUACUUCCAAGCUGGGUCCAGGAUACAAUGUGCUGCCCGAGCUGUUCGUACAACUGGUGAUAUAGGGCUGGAGCUGCUGAGUUCAAUCAUCACUGUCAGCAAAGAACAUGGUCUCUGUCAACCACGUAAGCCUGAAAUGGUAGGAGCUGAACCUUUCUCAGCCAGGAUCCGCUAUACUGGACCAGAUGAACCCGAUUACCCCAACCUCAUCAAGCUCACUGUGAUUAUGUCUCACCUGGAUGGUAAGGUCCAUCCCAGUGGUAGCAGAGCCCCAACUGGAUAG